AUGACAAGCCCCGUGAAGAAGUCGAAAAAGAAAUCUGAUGCUGGAGAUGCUGACUUUGAUUGCAGUGCUUUGAUUCCUGGAGGCCUCGAUAACGACGUUCAGGAGAAGAUUGAGGGGGAGGGGUUGCGGGAUUACUUAUUUAGCGGAGGACCUAACGUGUUGAGCCAAUACAGUUCGUACGACGCUUACGUGGAUAUGCAACGACACUGGUUGACUAAGUUCCUUUCUGGCGCACCUAUGACGGACAACCUCCGCAAAGAAUCGCUAGUGUUGUUUGUAAAAGCUAUGAUAGCAGACUGUCAGUACCAGAAAAAGAUAAGAGAAAUUUUUGGGGAUAUCUCUACUUCAUCUACAAAUAACACGCUCUCGAACGAAAAAGGAACUUCUUCAAAAACCGAGUCACUGUUAGAGUGUACUGCCGAAGAUCGCCAACGGAUUAAUGUCGGCUGGUUUGCUGGCCCUUCAGAUGUAAAAGAGGAAUACGAUCAUAAGAUCGCCGUAUACAGUCAGCGUUUGGGAUGCCAAUUGUACAAUUUUAUUAGCUACCCUGUUGGAGGUGCUAAACGUGGAUUCUGGGAACCAAGCUGUAGUUCCUACUCACCCCCUCCCAUUGAUCUCCCUGACGUCCAACUACAGAACCAUUUGUGGGAAACGUAUGUAAAUGGGCAAAUUUCUUCGUGGAUAGAUUGUGAUUCUGAAGACGAACAGUUGGCUUCACUGUCCGAGAAUGAACUGGUCAAGGAACUGAGUUACUUGGCUUACAUGGGCCUACGAAGCACUGUAAUCCGCCUGAAACAUGCCCACUCUCCACGCUUAGCACGAAUUUUGAAUCAAUGGCUAUGGACAAAGAAUGUUAAUCUUUGUAUUUGGAUAAUGAUCCCUACAUCAGCACAAGACUUGUUACGGUGCCCUGAGGACGUCCGUGAUUGUUGGACAGUUUGGGCUGACUUUCGGAAGCUGUGCUCCAAUUUUUCUAGCCAGAAACUCAUAGCUGGCCUUCACGUAACACCUGAUAUCGAUGAAGAAUUUGUUGACCAGAAGCUCAUAGCUCGAUGGAAGGCUGAACCUCUGGCAACAUUUUGUGUGGACGCCGAUGCGUUUGUUUCUGAUGUGAACUCCCAACUUUGUCUUCCUCCAGCACAUGCCAAACUGCUCGGCGAAUUGUGGAUGUCAGAUAAUGGGAGGCUCAUGGUGCGAGGGUCUAGUGAUAUAGAAACUUCACCAUCUCUGCAAUUCCAGUGUGCGCAGGCGCUCCGAGGUGUUGUGAAAGAUUUGCAUAGACAUCCGCAUGGACUUUCUUCUUCUGGAUUUCUUUUGGAUGCAAAUAUAAAUUAUGUCGAUGUUUUACAAGUUCCGCUGCAGCCACUUGCUGAUAACUUAGAUUCGAGUGUGUACAAUACGUUCGAACAAGAUCCAGUGAAAUAUCGACGGUAUCAGGAAGCUGUCGAAUGUGCAAUACGAGAUUUUGGUGAAUCUGCAUCAAGGCCUGAAGAACUUGUGCUUUACGUCCUGGGUGCUGGACGAGGACCACUUGUAACUUGUUCAAUAGAAGCGGAACGCAAUUACAAUGAGCGUUUCCGAUGUAAAAGAGACCGAUUACGUCUGAAAGUGUUCGUCGUAGAGAAGAACAUGAAUGCUAUCGUCACUUUGCGGUACAUGAACUCCAAGGUAUGGCGGAAUCGCUGUGUAAUUAUUGGGUCGGAUAUGCGCGACGUGCCUGACGUAGCUGAAAAGAAUGGUUAUCCACAGCCAGACAUCAUCGUGUCGGAGCUUCUCGGGUCAUUUGGUGACAAUGAACUCAGUCCUGAAUGUUUAGACGGAGUAACGUCUUUGCUGAAGCCAACCACUAUUAGUAUCCCACAGACAUACACUAGCUACAUUGCACCAAUAAUGUCGCUCCACAUGCAUCAACAAAUUCGGUUGUGUGGAGCGAGCUACUGGAAUCGCGGAAUCCCUGGUCAUGGACGUAAUGGACCCACCCUGCAGCCGGACGGGAGCUAUCGUCAGAUAUAUCCGCAAGGCGAAUACGCAGCAAAUAUGGAUCAAAUUUACGUUGCAUACCUGCGGCAGUACUGUGCUUUGGCAGAACCGAAGGCAGUUUUCACUUUUUCGCAUCCAAACUUUGCGGAUGAGUCGAAUGAACGAAGUGCUGCCGUUGCCUUUGCUAUCGAUCGACCAGCAGAUUUAAUGGGAUUUGCUGGUUAUUUCCACAUGAAUCUUUAUAAGGAUGUAACGCUGUCAAUAGUUCCAUCAACAUAUUCGGAAGGGAUGAUUAGUUGGUUCCCCGCGCUCAUUCCGUUGAGGGAGCUUUAUAGAGUGCAGCCUGGAGAGAGGGUUGCUCUCAACAUUGACAGAAGAGUAGAUGAUGGUGGCGUAUGGUACGAAUGGUUCUUGCACCAUACGGACGUCAACGGUGAGGAACACGCAACACCAAUUCAAAACAGGAAUGGCGAAAGCUACUACAUGAAGCUUCGUUAG